AUUAAAUUAUGUGACUCUGACGUCUCGCUGUUUACCGUCUCAACAGAUAAAAUCCACACCACCGGGCAGUGAUUCACGAGCUGAAUGGUUGAAAGACACUCCCACUGAUGUAGCCCCUAACAUCUCGCCGGGGGCUUCCUUUCUAAUUCAUUUAGGGAAAGGGUGUGGUGAGAGUCUGGAUGUAGUAGCAGCCAGUUGAAGGACUCCUCAACAGACAGACACACGCACAGAGAGAGGCACCAGAAUGCUCCCUGUGGCCUGCAGGGGUAGCUCCAUGCAGGCCAAGGAGUGAGGAGGUAUCGCAGGGGCCAGUGACACCACCAUAUAUCUCAGGUGAAGUGGAAAGCCCCCUGCCCGCCUGCCUGCCUGGUUACUGCUGCCUGCGUGUUGUCAAAGUAGAACAUGAAUUUAGGGCAAGGGUUUUAUUUUUGGAGUAGUUGCUCUCCCAUGGGUAGGCAGGGUGAGGUCCUGUGUUGUCCCCUCUGACACUCCAGGCUGGGAUUUGCAGGGAGCAGUCAGUUUCCCCCUAAAGCAACACUCACACAGACGGAUCAAGGGUCGUCGUCAUCCAUCAUCAAGCCCUGGGGGUUGAAAUGGUGAUGGCGGUCAGUUUUAGCAAUGGACCCCUUCCUGACCUGGAGCCCUCCCAGUACCCUCCCCCACUGCUUCCCAAGCCAGGCAAGGAUAAUGCCCGCCUGCAGAAACUCAUCAAGAAGUCAGCCAAGAAGAAGUCUUCCUCCUGUUCCCAAACACCCAUCCCUUUCCGCUCGAAUCUCUCUCCAGUUAAUGAGAUCAGUGACUUAGAAUUUAGUGACACCUCAACACCACCAAGAACACCAGAUGUCCCGCUCUAUGGCAAUUCCCUCAACCUGAACGGCUACUCAGCCAGACCCUUCUACCAGCAGUCACCCACACCCUUGUCAUACCGACGUAACUCUCCUUUUCAUGGAUCUGAGGCUGCAUCUACGCAGUCAUUGUCAAAUUUGACUCCUGUGCCUGAGUGUCACAUCGCACCCCUGUAUGCAUGUUCCUCAUUUCUGUUUGAUGAUGCCACCCCCAUCACUGAGCUGUCAAUCACAGAACCCACAGCCAAAGCACCUGAGCCAGCCGCUGGUCAAACAAUCACACCAGGCCCGUAUGGACCGAGACCGGCUGGGGUCUGUCCAGCACCACCAACCUUACAACAGCAAUCCCAAGCACCUGUGCCAAGUUCUUUGACUGCAACAGUUCCAACCCAAGCCUACACAGCCCCCCCUCAACCUCAACCUCAACUCCAAGGCCCCAUCUCAAGUGCCUUACCCCAGCCCUUCACAAAAGGCCCCUAUGGCUCCACUGAGGCUACCCCUUUUCCAAAAGCAGCGCCCGGACAACAGAGUUCUGGUUCUUUACAAAGACAUUUGUCAACUUCAACUCUAACACUUGGAUCUAGUCUACCCCAAGUGCCACCACCUGUUUCUAGUACUUUCAAUCAGACGUCCAUACCAGGAUCCUAUGGGCACAAAAUGUCAAUCCCACUAUCCAAUCAACCACCAGGACAACAGCUAGCUCCAAUGGCCCCCUCAGCCCCUCAACCAAUACAAACAUUUGGAAGUGCUCAACCUCCUAGUAUCGCAAACCAACUCUCAGCAGGCCCUUAUGGACCCACUGCGGCUGCUCAAUUUCCUAGUUUCCCAAACCAACAAUCGCAAUGCCCAUAUCGACCCACUGUGACUACUCAAGCUUCUAGUUUCCCAAACCAAUCAACACAAGGCCCGUAUGGACCCACUGUGACUACUCAAGCUUCUAGUUUCCCAAACCAAUCAACACAAGGCCCAUAUGGACCCACUGUGGCUACUCAAGCUUCUAGUUUCCCAAACCAAUCAACACAAGGCCCAUAUGGACCCACUGUGGUUAUGCCUCCACCAAGACCAUCUCAAGAACAAAUGCUCCCUGUACCGUUUCAAAGCUCUCCAGAACCUCUUGCUCCUCCACAACUUCCUGUCUUUGCCCAGACCCCAAGUCAACCUCAUGUGCCAGUCCUGGCGUCAGUAUCAGUCACAAACCAUAAGCCAGAGCCUGAAAUGUAUUCACAGGGCUCUGCCCCUCACAUGGUUUCUGGAGAGUUAUCUGCCAUGAAAAAACACUUGAAAGUAUAUACAUCUAAAGCCACAUUUUAUGAGUUAUCUAAGCCUCCAUCUCUUCAAGACAUAACUGGACUUAACACAUCCUACAAUGGAGCAUCUCUUUCAACCAUACACAGGGAGAAAACACCUACCUCUGAGGUGAAGAAGAGUGUGACUUCUUCCUAUGAUCCUACAGGAAGAAAAACCCCAUCAGGGCGACCAAAGACUCCUGCUUUUCAGGUCUCUAGGGCUAAAACUCCAGUUUUAGAAAUAUCUAAAGCCAACCCACUGCUCUUUGCUGCACCUCCUACCUUUUCCUCCACAAGGGAUGUCCACCAUGCAGUUAAAAAAGAGGUUCAGGGACCCACAUUGUCUAUCAUCACCAGAAGCGAAAUAUCUGCUAUACCCCCUAAUCCUCUAAAACCUUCUGUGCCACAGGAAAUAAACAAAGCUCAAAUUCAAAAUGGCAUUGACUUAAACGAGCCUCAAAAAGAAGUUACUCUAGCAGCUAAAGUUAUCGCUGAGGCCCAGUCAAUACCUAAGUUACCAUCGGACGUUUCUUUAUUGAGAACAAAACCGACAGAGGCCUCUCAGCUAAAUGCUACAGUAAGUGUGGAGCCUGUACCUACUAUGGCCCCACAGGAGUAUCAGAUUUCCAGGGCUCAGACAUAUGAGGCAGUUGCACCAGCGACACCCUCAAAUGAAUUUACCAUACCAAGAUCUGUGAGCCAGGGCCUUCCAGUCCCUGCACCUCCCCCUCAGAGCUAUCAAAACCCCAUCACACCCUAUCAGACCCCGAUCACCCCAGUACACUGGUCACCAAGACCUCCAUCACGAUUACUUGGAAAUCAAAGACUGAAUGCAUCGACAAGUGAGCUCCACAAACCUAGGGUGAAAUCAACCUAUUACGGACUGACUCCUGUUGAAUAUGCUGCUUACGGGGGAAUCAAGACUUAUUAUGGUCCCUCUGCAAAUAAGACACAGUCAGGUGAUGCACCCAAAAGUUGUCUAGAUGAUUUGUCAUCUUCAAGAACAGUCAAUUCAGCAACACAUGAUAUAAAUUCCUCAAAUGCUAUGAAUAAACCUGAGGAAAACUCACAGCAACUUGAAGGAACUACAAAACUGCAAAGUGAGGCACAGAGUGGAACUAAGCUGAGCACCUCCAUGAUCCAUCUGUCUACAUCUCAGAACUCUUCAGAAGUGACUACAUCAUCUGACAACACUGUGAAUCAGUUACAAACACCAGUAUCUGAUGAGAAAAUCCCUGAUACAUCUGUAUUAGCUAGACAGGCUCAGGAAACACCAACAGAAGGUGUGUCAAGACUAAAUGCACCGGUAUCAUCCCAACAAAAAGAUAUGGUGCAAAGUUCAGGCAGACAGGCAGUUCUGGCGAGCUCAAAGGAGCCCAUUGAACAAAUAACUGAAUCAGUUAUGGCAAAUGGGUGUACUGUGAGAGAAGAUUUGAAGUCAUCUUCAGUGAAAGACAAAAGAACACUGACAACUUCGGUCCUAACCCAUGGACAAAGUAUGCCUAUUUACCCUUUGCUCAAAACAAACAUUAACAAUGAAAGUUCACAUGCUGCAGAAAUGCCAGUGAAACAAAUGGCACAACAAAUGCCUCAAUCAACUUUGUGCAUUCAAGAAUCCACAUCUAAACAGCAAGUUAUAGUCAGCAAACUGUCAUCAAAUUCAACUUCACAACCUCUUCUAAAUAAUUCUACUUUGUCAAAAGUCCAGUCAGAUAUAUCCACAGAGACCAAGAAAUUGACAAAGACCACUGAUACAAACUCUCAUAGCAUUUUUGCUACCUCAAAUGCAGCUACUACAAAGUCAAGUGUAGAGACCACAGUCUCUAAAACUAUUACAGGCACAUCUACAAUAGAAACAAAUACUAAAACCACUUCAAAAACGAUCAAUUCAGAACCAUCCAAAACACUCCCUGGAGUCAUGCCUUCUGCCAUCAAUUUGGCAACAGAUUUAAAUUCUUUGGUUAUCCCUACUAGUGAUAGUCAGUUAUCAAAAAAGCUUGCUGACAGCAUUAACUCCCCAGACGUAUCAAAAUAUGUUAAUCCAUUCAGUAGUACCAGUGCAGUUCCCUUACAUCCACCUACAAAACCAGAUAACAAAGAGACUGGACUUCCUAGCAUGGUCAAAACAGGAACUGAAACUCCAGCUUCAGACACUAAAGCUGACACUUUAACAAAAUCAGUUAUCUACUCCAGAGCACUAACAAAUCCUUUUAAUGACCUCACCACAGCUGUCAAACAAUCAGCUAACUCUACAACAAACAUAGGAACAACUCCAACAAUGGCCAGGAGAACUUUAUCAACCCCAACCAUGGAAAGGAGGCCCACUUCAACUCCAACUGUGGACAACAGAACCACUUCAAAUCCAACCAUAGACAGGAGAACCACUUCAACUCCAAUCAUGGACAGGAGAGUCUCAUCAACUCCAACCAUGGACAGGAACAUCUUAUCAACUCCAACCAUGGAUAGAAAAAACACUUCAAAUCCAACUAUGGACAGGAGAACCACUUCAACUCCAAUUGUGGACAGGAGAACAUCUUCAACUCCAACUAUGGAAAGGAGAACCUCUUCAACUCCAACCAUGGACAGAAGAAUCUUAUCAACUCCAACCAUGGACAGAAGAACUUUAUUAACUCCUAUCAUGGACAGGAGAACCUCAUCAACUCCAACUAUGGACAGAAGAACCCCUUUAACUUCAAUCAUGGACAGGAAAACAUCCACAACUCCAACCAUGGUCAGGAGAAAUGUAACUACUCCAACUUUGUCAACAACUCCAACUAUGGACAGAAAAUCUUACACAACACUGUCUACAGAAAAUAAGCUUUAUGCAAAAUCAACCAUGGAUAUCAGGCAGUCCAUCAAAUCUGACAGUGAGAUUAGGUCCUCUGACAUGCUUUUUGCAGACAAUGGAUUAUCUGCAAAGUCCACCAUGGACAUUAGGGCCUCUGUGAUGACUGCUGACACUAAACAAAUGAUGAACACAAGACAAUAUCUUUCACCUAGAUUAGAGAACAAAUCCAUACUUGCGACUGGCUCUUCCACAAAUUCUUCUGGAGAUGGUAAUGUCAGCCAUUCAUUAGAAAACAAACCAAAUCAGAGUACAGAUGAAAAUGCUACUUCCACCAGUAUGUCUGAUGUUAAAGUCACAGACAUAGUUGAAAAAAACUUCGAUCUAUCAACCAAGUUUUCUUUGAAGCUUACAAAAGACAACAAGCCCUUCGUACAAACAAGUACAGGCCUUAUGCCACCCCACAAGAUCAAAAAUGAUACAACAAUCACUUCAUCUGACUCAAAGUCUACAAUGGACUCAAAGGUACCAACUGAAGUGAGUUCUGAUUCUAAACACCCAACCUCAAUAACCAUAGAACAGGCGCAAGUAUCUGUCAUAACACCACAAUCACAUGCCCCCAUUAAAACAAUGCAAACAGAGGCUCCAAAUUCAAGGAAGACAUCUCUUGCAGCCAUAGAUAGGCAAACACCUACAAUCACAACAGCCCAAUCCCAACCGCCACUCCCAAAAAAUCAAACCAAAUCUCCAGUGACAAUACAGCCACAAGUUUUAACCACAGUCACCACCACAAAACCACCAGGCUCAACAGUGGAAACACAAGCUACAGUCACAACAAAUACACAACCUCAAUCCCUUCCUCAAGCACAAUCUGAAGUUACCGCCACAGCACCACAACCACAAAACCUAUUCACAACAACGCAAACAGAAGCCUCAUCCACAGAGAAAACACGACCUCCAGUUUCAAUAUCUCAGACACAACCUAUAGUGGAAGUGGCACAAACAGUGCCACCAGCUGAUUGUGGUGAUACCACCGAGGACAAGGUCUCAACUGCAACAACAAACCAUAAACAGUCUGCCUCCUCAACUACACCUUCAGCAACACAGAAGAAGGUGGAUGAGGUAUCAAAUGCUGCCCCAAAGGCAGACACUAAGGCCAAAGCAUCACUGAAACCCAAAGGACUAAAGGCCAAGCUGAGCGGCUGGGGUAGACUAAAGAAGCACAUGGUGGUUGAACCUGAGGAGCCCAAGUUUCCUGAACAGGAUCCAGAGAUCAAGGAGGCAGAGGAUGACAGAAAGAAGGCGGGUGAGGGCAAAGAUGGAAAUACUGCUGGUGCCAAAGAUAAACCCACAGGACAGGAGAUUGCUAAGAAGGAGGCACCCCCCAGGGCUAUGAAGAUGUGGGAUGCAGUUCUCUUUCAAAUGUUCUCCACCAAAGACAAAAUCUUGAAGCAUGUGAAUGCCAAUAAAAGUGGGGAAGAGGAUAAAAACCCCUCAAAAGAAAGCCAGGUUGACAUCCCUUCGUUUAUGUAUCAUUUGCCUGUCCUUCUUUAUAGUCCACGUUUUGAUGCUAGGAAGCUAAGGGAGGCUGCUGAAAAACCACUGAACAAAAUUGCUACGAUGUUUGAGAGAGGUCUAAUACAACGCAAAACUCAAGAAGAGGAACCCAAGGACUUUAACAGAACAGCGAGAGGAUUCGGUAUAUCAAAGUCCAAAACAACUGAUGUCUGAGAGCAAUGGAUUUUUCAGAUGUUUAUUUUUAAACCUUCUAAAUGUAUCCAACUCAGAUCAGUUUACCAAGAAGAGAAAAGACAAGCUAUCAUUUCAAGAAGGAUUUGCUAGCAGGCGUUUACAAACUUUUAGCUUUAGCUACACUGUACACAUAGUACAUGCUUGAGAAUGUCCAGUUUUUUUUUACUAAUUGCUUUUAACCUGAGCAUGGGUGUGGCAGAGUAUCUACCGUACUGGGCCCGGCACUGCGGGUGUUUCUGUGUGAAAAUAGAGCUUGUACAUUCCUGGAUUGACAGUGUGGAAGGACAGUAUAAGACGGACAAGCACAGCUGUGUGAGGCAGUGACUUCAUAAGCACAGGGGGAGGGAGGCUGGAGGCCAGGCCUGGGGUGCUAUAUUUAAAGUAUGUAUAUUGAGUAUAACAGUAAAAUCUGUUGGUUUUUCAUGAAACAGUUUCCGGAGGUGCACAAUAAAUUAAUAAAUGAUUGCAAAUUGGACAAACUUUAAAAUGUACAGUAGUUGAUCAUGUUGUCUCGGGAAAUAUGUUUUGACGAGGGACUUAGUGGAAAUGUUUUAGAUUUGGAAUGGAGUUGGGUCAUAGAAUGUGACAGAGGGUUUAUUGGAUAACUAGCCAAUGUAGUUUGACAUGAGCAAGUAAAGUGGAUCAGGGUCCUCUAAGUAUCCUGUGCAUAGAUGGCAUGUUGUUAUUAGAAGAUGAGAGAAAAACCUUGGAUGCUCUGAGGGUACGGAAUGGCUUAAGUGUAUUUAGGGGAUGCCUUAAUGCAGGUGCCUUCUGUGGGAAUCCUUUCUAUGGCUUUGAAGACACUGUCUUACAAUGUUGUCCAUGUCAUUAAUAGCAGUACAGUAUAUUUUUAUUCGAGGGGAGGGUAAUUUUGGAUGUUCUACGUUUUAUCUAUGGUUGUUUUUACUUGCAUGUUCAAUAUUUUAAGAAUAGUAAAGAAUAAAGUGCAAAAGUUUUGUAUUUCAAUGAGUAUAUUUGCUUUUUGAUGGAUUGAUUAAAGUAAUUUCACAUACUUGUUUCAA